CCCGUCAACCGUAGUGGAGUCUAUCCGUCGUCUAACUUCCUCAACAAAAUGUUCCGCCUUAGCGUUCUGCUGACCAUCGGUCUGGCCGUUUCGGCCUUCGGCAACGUACUGUCGCCCGAGUACUACGAAUGGGCCGGACGUAUCGUUGGUGGUCAGAACGCCGGAACGAACCAGUUCCCGUACCAGGUUUCGCUGCGUUCCGCCGGCAAUGCUCACUUCUGCGGUGGCUCGAUCAUUAACAAUCGCUAUGUGCUGUCGGCUGCUCACUGCACGAUCGGUCGUACCACUGGCAACACGGUCUCCGUGGUUGGUGCUCUCUUCCUGAACAGUGGAGGCAUUGCUCACCAGACGGCCCGCAUCGUCAACCACCCGAGCUACAACGCCAACACGCUCGCCAACGAUGUGUCGCUGGUGCAGACCGCUAGCUUCAUCACGUACACCGCCGCUGUGCAGCCAAUUGGUCUUGGAACGAACUUCGUCACCGGUGGAGGAGCCGUCGCUUCCGGUUGGGGUCAGCUCGGAGCCAACAUCGGUAUCCCGAACCAUCUGCAGUUCCUGAACACCCAAAUCAUCACGCUGGCUGAUUGCCGUAGCCGUCACACCGUGGCCAACGCUAACCGUGUCUUCGACUCGACCGUCUGUACGCUCAGCCCGUCCGGCCAGGGCAUGUGCAUGGGAGACUCCGGUGGCCCGCUGGUUCAGGGUGGUGCCGUCCACGGUAUUGUCUCGUGGGGUAUCCCGUGCGGCCUCGGCAGUCCCGAUGUGUUCGCUCGCGUCUCGUCCUUCGUCGGCUGGAUCAAUGCCAACGCUGUCUAAGCGAUCGCUACAAAGUAAUCACCUGACCAGGUGUAUGUGAUUGUGAUGAUAUGAAUAUGGCACUGAAAAAAUAGGAUUAUUAAAAAACAUAUUUUCAAAAUUAAACAAGAGUUUGGUUUCUUUAUGUGAUAAAAGAAUAAUGUACUGUUUGUUAAUAAUUAAA